CAGAACUUUCAUUAAUUCAAGUACUCACUUGAACUGCAUAUCCUGAGCGAAAGACCACCAUGGCCCCCCCAAACAGAGACCAAAUCGCCGACCUCGUCACCCGAUACAUCAAAUACGCGUCAAAUGAUACUAAAACCGACAACAAACUUAUCAGCGACAUCGUUAAAGCCUACAAAUCCUUCUCCAACAGCGAUUGGGAAUACGACGACGACCACGGCAAAUCUGUCGUCUCCUGCUUUCAAGGCCUAUCCUUCAUCUGUUGGAAAUUCAGCAGCAUCAACAAUUCCGCCCAUGCUGCCGAGGCUGCGUCGCUUUACAAGGACCUCACGGUGAAGAACUAUAACGUUUGGUUGAAGAUGACGGAUCAUAAGAAGAAGGAGAAUUUUAAGAGGGAUUGUUGCGCAUUGACGGAUACAGAUACCCUCAAGGAUUAUCGGGAUAUUACUCGGAAUAAGAAGGAGAGGGGGGAGAUCUGCGAGGCGGCGAUGACGGUUACUUCGUCUAUGUAUGGGUCGGGUACUCAUGAGGCGGAUCAGUCAGAGACGUUGUGGAAUCAUAGGAAUGAGAACUAGCAUGCAUAGGGAAAGUUGGGAUGUGGUUGAAUGAUCAUGACCUAUAGUUGUAUUUGUCAUUUGAAGAAAUGAACCUGAUGUUGCAU